AUGUCGGACGGAAGUGUUGAACGUGCUGGAAGUAGGCGUAACGAGGAAGAGCUCGCAAGCAAGCAACUCAACAUUCAGUACAAAAGAUACUAUGUGGACGUGAAGCAGAAUAAUCGAGGCCGUUUCAUCAAAAUCGCCGAGAUGGGAUCGAACUACAAGUCGCGUCUUGUGUUGACAAUGUCAGCGGCGGUGCAGUUGUGUGAACAGUUGGGUGAGAUGAUCAAGUUCAGCGAGACUCUACCGGAAGGUGCAGAAGCGAGUGCGGAAAACGGUGCUCUCAAAUCGGAAGUUUUGGCUUUUGACUCGAGACGUUACUAUCUGGAUCUGAAAGAGAACCAGCGCGGGCGCUUCCUCCGCAUUGCGCAGACUGUUGCCAAUCCUCGUAUGAGUCGCGCUCAGAUUGCUAUUCCAGCGCAGGGAAUGAUAGAGAUGCGCGACACUCUUCACGAAAUGUUGGAGAAGUACUCAGAAGGUUUCCUAAACGAUGGAAAUAGCACUGAUGCCACAAAAACUAAGCAGCUCACUGCGGACAAUAACAAGACGUUUUAUUUUGACAUUGGAAAGAAUGACCGCGGGACAUUCGUCCGCGUGACUGAGGUGAAGCAGGCCGGCUGGUUAUCGAACCUCGAUAACU